GUCAUUAUCAUUCCUACCAACAAUCCGCAUGGCAAACACAAAGCUCGGGAAAACGCAACAUCAUGUUAUCUUGCUGAAAUUUUCUCGACAAGGUCGGAAAGACUACGAGACUCCUUCCCAAGGCGUUGAUCAUUCUCCGUUGCUUGUGUUGUUGCUUGUCAGAAAUGAUCGAGGGCCGUUGUUUCCCUUCCGGCCUUCAUAUCGAAGACGGCACCCGACGUUUGGCUAAUAUCGGAGUGACACGGAGCGAGUGAGGUUAUGGGACGGGGAAAACGGAAGACGGGGUGCCGCCGGGCCAAGACGGGCAGAUCGGGCAGGCCGGUUUGCGUACUUAGCGUACUGACAGCCACGAGAAGGGAAGAAAGUAAAAAGCCCAUGGAAUGAUGGAGUAGACGGCGGAGGACUGAGAGUUAAUUCGUUCCCAACAGUCCGGUUCCAGGACGGAAGGAAGGACGGAAGGGAAGGGAAGGGAAGGAAGGAUAGGAGAAAACCACAUCCUUCCGUGACCGCCACCGCAGACCACGAAGUUUCCCGUGGCCAGAUAUUUCCGUGCAACACAAAGGCUGGGAUCUUUUCCCGUUACUCGUCAGGUCUUCAUAAACUGAUCGUCUUGAAGUGGUACUCAAUGUUUGCGCCGUUUGGGAGAGACAUCUCCUCGGAGUCAAUUGUCAACCAUGACAGAGGGUUCUGGAAGGGCAUGGUUGCCCUGAAGUACCGACGACCGAGGGUUCCGGGAGGGCAACAUAGUUUAGGGAUCCAUGGACCUAUCUCACUCGCUCGUGAGCAAGUAUCCAUCAACCUCCUAGGCAUUUUUUUUGAUGCUCGCGUAGAGGUGUCGACACUUGACGACGGUCAGGGUCUUGAAGAUGGGGCUCCAUUAUCAGAUCAUUUGCUGGCACAGUGAAUAAGCCUCCCUGCAGUUGUUCCUGCAUGUACACAGUGUGUGAUUAUUUGGUGCAGACAUGUCGGGGACGAGGUGGGCGGCAGAUUGGAGGCGUCCCGAACGUUGUCGGCGAGGAGAGAUUCAAUCUGCAUAGCAAACGCAAGAUCCCGGUGUUGAAUUGAAACCGAUUUCAAGCUCUCUCGUGAAGCAUAGCGUGAGAAAGAGGAUGGCAUAUCUUUGAAUAGUCAGCAACGUCAUGUGACCUAUUGGUGCAAAUUUUGUCAGUCAGCGAUAUCGCACGCUCUGCCACUGCUGGGAUUUCCUCUCAGCAAAAAGUCUAGCAUUGGUUCACGGUUGUCACCAUGCCAGAUACCUCGCUACAGCGCUGGCAUUCAGGAAGCAUCUCAUCGUCAUCACGACGAGAUCUGGGUGGAGCAUAUGGGUUAAGCCCUUCUCUUUCGCCAGGGCUUGCCCGUUGCGGUACAGCUUCAAUUGUACUCCGAUAGAGCUUCAAACUCAUCGGCGGCCUGUCAGGCCAUCCGUGAAUGUUGCUGGUUUCAGGAGGGCGGUCCUGAAUGAAAGUUGAUAUCACAACAACAACGACGAUGCAGGGGCGCUAAUGUACCGAUGGAAAAGCCGACAAGGGGCGGGCUUGACGAUCCCCAUUGUUGGGCUCGCUGUUCUUCGGUCCACCGGGAGUCUGGAGAGCAUCACGUCAAGUGACACCUUGCCGGUCAUAACAGCCGAAAAAAAGGUAGACCAAGGUGCCCAAAAACAUAUGAAUCGAUGCGUUUAUUGGGUACCUUUGAAAUCUGAUGGGCUGCAGAACGCGGUUGCAGGAUACUCGAAUUGCGAGGGUAUAGACGUGACAGCUGGCAUAACCAAACUUCGUUUGAUUCAGAAAACGCCAACGAAGGUAAGGAUAAGAUCGAGAGAGAGUAUGGUAAUCACGGUUCGAGUGUGGAGAAGAGGCCAGCAGUGAUGUCCAUGAAUAUGAUGUCAGUGGACUCGUUGCGAGUCGGGAGUUGAGUCGUCAGGUUGACGAGCAGACCCAGGGGCCAGAUGUGCGGGGUUGAGGUGAUGUGUAAAAGAACGACUCGACGAAGUAAGGUGGAUUAGCAUGAGGCUCCCCAGACUUGAGAUCAUGAGCCGGCCGAGGUCGGCUUGGGCUAUAGGUUCGGUAGAUGUCUAGUUUGAGCCGAGUGGAUGUGACUUGAUCCACCAGAGCUCUCAUCUCCUGAUUUGCUCGGGCGUUGAAGUGAGAACGAGAGCAUGACCAGAAGGGCAGACAACGGUCUUAUCUUGUCCUGUUGGCCAAUAUUUCCCUCGGAGACCCUGGCAAAAGAUUUUUUUCCUGUUGGCUGGGUGGUUUGAUC